AUGGCACCUCCCAGGCCUCCUUUUGGAACCGACGAACCGGAAUCUAUUUACGAGACUCCCAACCAUCCUCAGCGACGAAUUCGUCAGCCAGCACCCGUUGACCCAAAUUCAAGAACUUCUGCUUACAACGUGUAUAACAACUACAUCCACGAUGACAGUAACCGCCAGUCGGGGAUCGACGCCCUUGGUGCAGGCUUCAUGAAUGGCUCUAUGGAUGAUGAUGAUGAUGAACCGCAGGAAAAGUACAACCCCUUCACCUCCGCGAAGGAACAGGAAGCAUCGAAGCAUGCCAUGUUAGCAGCCGCAAUUGGUCCUCGCAAGACUCCCACUCCACCCCCUCAGUACAUUGCUUCUCCACGUCCGGGAUAUGCUGCGUCCGUAGAAGCUCUGUCACGCCCGGAACCCGCUGCCAUUCCAGCCACUCGUCAGCCUCCGAACGGACUGAGUAUAAGUACCAGCAACAAUCCUUUCGCAACACCUAUGGAUCACCAGGCGUUCCCGAAUGGUCCUCACGUGCCUCAGCCAAUUGCCGUCCCUAACACUCCGCAUCCACUUCAACCACCUAUGACUCCCAUCACCCCGGUCUUUGCUAGGCCUACCAAACAGCAAGACAUUCGUUUUGAUGAGAAACCUAUCAUGCGAGGUGCAGGCGAGGGUACUUCGAUUCCCAGCAGAGGAGAGAAGGGUGAUGAUUUUUGGAGGCGAUUUAGUAUGGUUGUCAAGGAAGAAAACAGCAAGCCUUCUCAACAGAAACAGAGUUCUUGGUUAAAGACCACACAGGGGCGCACAAACUCCAUGUUCCGUUGGGUCUUCUUUAUCGGUAUGAUUCUCACUAUAUGCGCUCUUGGUGCUAUCGGUUUAUGGUGGUACGCAUCUCACAACAGCACUGCUCAUGAUCAGCCGCAUGCUAUGGGGGGGUCAGAAUCAGAAGCAGGAUCAGCAUCAACAUCGGCGGUCGGACAUGCAUCAUCGGCUGGAGUUCUGCAAACAAGUUUGCACGUCUCGCCUACGAAUACAGUUGCUCGACGGAUAGUCCAUGAACUAUAUGAGACUCAGCCAACCGGUCUUUCUCUUCUUAAUAAACGACACAAACAGAAGCUGCAUUUAAAUCGGGUUGAUUGA